UAAGUAUCUGUACUGCACUGACCAAGGGCAGGACAAAGUUUGUGGUUCAGGGCACAGGAGAAAACACCUCCUGUUGGACUCGUAGGCUAGACCGUCUGGCAGAAAGGGGGGGCAGUAGAUACACAGCUCAUGGUGUGGUGCAGGUAGGGAAGAAACACGAAUAGCGUGGGGCAAAUAUUCUGGAUUUACGGACACUAGUGGCAGAGGACUGAGUGAACAAGAACGAAGAAGAAGAGAUGGACAAAGGAGGAGGAGGAGGAGGAGGAUUGGAUGGGGAAAUGGAGGUCACAAAACAAGCAGAGGAAGAGAGCGAAAGUGACAAGAAGCUCAAGGACCAGUGCAACAAGGCAGAAAAGGGUGACAAAGAGAAGGGUGAGCGGAAGAGAGAGAAUCGAAGAUCUGGUUCAAUGUGGAGAGGAGGCUGGGCGCUGUCCGAACGACUGGCCAUCAACGUGUCAGGCAUGCGCUACGAGACACAGAUUCGAACCCUGGCCCAGUUCCCUGAUUCUCUGCUCGGAGACCCUCAGCGCCGCCUGCGCUACUUUGACCCACUCCGCAACGAGAUCUUCCUGGACCGCAAUCGAUUCUGCUUUGACGCCAUCCUUUACUUCUAUCAGUCCGGAGGUCGGUUACGGCGGCCUGCCAAUGUGCCUCUGGACGUCUUCAUGGAUGAACUGCGCUUUUAUGAGCUGGGAGAGGAUAUCAUGGCUCGCUUCAAAGAGGAUGAGGGCUUCCCCAAGGAGGAGCCUCGGCCCCUGCCAGACAAUGAGAUCCAGCGCAAGCUGUGGAUGCUCUUUGAACACCCUGAGUCCUCUGGAGGUGCCCGCAUCAUCGCCAUCAUCAGCGUGAUGGUGAUUGUGGUCUCUAUCCUCAUCUUCUGUUUGGAGACGCUGCCUGACUUCAGAGUAGAGAAGGAGCUGAGAGAGACUCUCGGCACGGAGCUGGCCAAGUCUAGGGGAGCGACGCCGUCCAUGUCCCUGGCGAUCGUAAGGGUCAUCCGUCUGGUUCGAGUCUUCCGGAUCUUCAAGCUGUCUCGCCACUCCAAAGGCCUUCAGAUCCUGGGCCAGACGCUGAAGGCCAGCUUGAGGGAGCUGGCGCUGCUCAUCUUCUUCCUCUUCAUUGGAGUCAUCCUGUUCUCCUCGGCCGUGUACUUUGCCGAGGUGGACAAACCUGGAACGGCCUUCACCAGCAUCCCAGAAGCCUUCUGGUGGGCUGUGGUCUCAAUGACGACAGUGGGGUACGGCGACAUGUACCCAGAGACGGUGGGCGGAAAGCUGGUGGGCUCCAUGUGCGCCAUCGCCGGCGUGCUCACCAUCUCGCUUCCUGUUCCCGUCAUCGUUUCCAACUUCAGCUACUUCUACCACCGCGAAAUGGAGUGUGAGGACAACCAGGAAUACACACACGUCAGCACCUCCCUUUGGGAGGGGGAAGAAGGUGGGAAAGAAGGAGAAGAAGGUGAGGAAGGGCCUGGGGAACAGGGAGACCGCAUUCCUCUCGAAGGAGGCACGGCCUAUAGGGGUAUCUGCGCCCCUCUUAAUGGGACUCUCCUGGCUGGGCUUUGCGCGGGACAGACCGGAGUGCAAAGUGUAGGGAGCGUUUACCCACUGGUCACCCAAGUCUGAGAGACUGGAGAUCAAAGAGGAGGAAUGAGAGAUGGAGGUGGUCCUGUACCAUGUUUUAAGGUACACUGCCUCACUGUGACUCACUGAAUAUAUGUGGAGGAUGGGAAGGAAUAAAUGCAAGAAACAGAAAACGGUUGAUGAAGAGGCUGAGAAUCAACAAAAUGCAGAUGCAGUAUCCAAAGGAAAGGUAUAAAGAAGUUACAAAAAACAUUGACUUUCUAUCUAUAACACAUCUUUAAACCGCUUUCCUAACGUUCCGGUAACCAAACUAUUUUGACAUCACAACCUUUACUCUGAACUUUAAAUCACUGAAUGUAUUUAUUUGAGAAACUAUUUUGAUCUAUUCAGAGAGUGGCAUCUCAAUGCGUUUGGAAAAAUAGCUGAGGAUAAGCUGAGCUGUCUUGUGCAAUAAAAGCGUUUGCACCUUUGCUUUAAAGAUCUUACUGGAAUCGUUGACAUAUAUAUAUAUUAUCGGACUUGUUCGUAGGAAGAAGCGCCCUGCGGUGUCAUUUAAAUGUCAUGUAUUUUGUCACCUGUGUUGCAGCCAUGAAUGUGCCAGGGAUUUGUGUGUCCCGACGAAUGGAUAAAGUCUUAAGCAUCAUUCAUCUGGAGCAGUUUUGUGUUACUGCUGUUCUGACAUUGUUGAAAUGCUUGUGUAUGCAAAGGCUUUUUAGGAAAAUAUGUACAGUCAUUUAUGAUGUGUGUGUGCUCCGUGAAUUGUGUAACGCUGAGCCAUGUUUGUGUACUAUUUAUUCACAUUUUUAAUGACACAAAAAUCAUACUGAAGUGACUCAGUGUACUACAAAAAGAACAAACAAACUGAA